AUGGCGGAGGUUCUAGAGCAACCCGAAGGUACCUUCGUGACGAAGGAGCAAAAUGUCAAUCCCUGGAGCGUCUCAGGCGAGGUCAAUGAGGACGGCACUGUAAAGCCUAUCGACUACAGCAAACUCGUCGAGCAGUUCGGCACCAAGCUCAUUGAUGAAGCGCUGCUAGAGAGAUUUGAGCGUGUUACUGGCCACAAACCCCACCGAUUCCUUCGACGGCAGAUUGUCUUCUCACAUCGUGAUUUGGAGGUCAUUCUAGAUAGGUUCGAGAAAAAAGAGCCAUUCUUCAUCUACACAGGUAGAGGCCCAAGUAGUAACAUUAUGCAUAUCGGGCAUAUGGUUCCGUUUCAACUGACCAAGUGGUUGUCGGACGUGUUCCAGGUCCCCGUGAUCAUAAUGCUGACGGAUGACGAGAAGUACCUUAUCAGUGACCAUGGGCGCACCGUGAACGAAUAUGAAGUUUACGCUCAAGAGAAUGCUAAAGACAUUAUUGCUGUCGGAUUCGAUCCCGAACGAACCUUCAUUUUCUCGGAUUUUGGAUACAUGGGCGGGGAUUUCUACAGAAACAUCGCACGGAUAGCCAAGAGAAUCAAUAGAGGAACUGCCGAUGCCUGCUUUGGCUUCGAUUCUAGCACCAACAUCGGAAAGGUUCACUUCGCUGCCGUCCAAGCCGCCUCUUCGUUCGCGGGAUCAUUUCCAUUUAUGUUCGGUCCCGACUCAAACCAGAUCCCAUGUCUUAUACCGUGCGCAAUCGACCAGGAUCCGUACUUUCGUUUAACAAGAGACGUUGCUAGUCAAUUGAAGUAUGCGAAACCGUCGCUGAUCCAUGCGCGGUUUUUAGAUGCUCUUCAAGGUCCUGGAUCCAAAAUGUCCGCAUCCAUCGAGUCAAGCUGUAUCCUCGCACGGGACAACCCCAAGACAAUUAUGACUAAGAUCAACCAAUAUGCGUUCAGUGGAGGUCGAGAGACUCUCGAGGAGCAUAGAGAAAAAGGCGGAAAUCCAGACGUCGAUGUUUCGUAUCAAUACCUAAGAUUCUUCCUAGAGAGCGACGAGGAGCUUGAGCAGAUUCGGCAAGACUACAAGUCUGGAAAACUCUUAACCGGUGAGAUCAAGAAAAAGUGCGCCGGAGAACUGGCCACAUUCUGUACCUCGUUUCAGGAGCGACGAGCGAAGGUAACAGAUCAAAUACUUGAGCACUUCAUGACACCACGGCCGCUACUCUGUCGUGGGGCCCUAUCGAAUACUCUGCUUCCUUCGGUUCAAGGCAAAUCUGGUGCCUCCAAAGGACCGGUCCAAGACGUCAAAGACCCCAACUCAAAAUCACAGGCGAAGAAGAUGAAGAAACUCGAAGAAGCGAAUGCUAAAAAGGCACUAAAGGCUCGAGAAAAAGAAGCCAAGUCCAUCGCUACGGCUACGGCUGGGGUUGCGGCUCUUUCUGUUGCAGAGAACACAGCUGUGGGCGAAGACACAGUUACCUCGACGAGUAGUCUAACGUAG